CACUCGGUACGACCCCGAAAGGGCUCCGGGCACUUCCGGGCACGGCUCGGAGGGAGCGGAAAUGGCGCUGCCCGGGACGCUGUGUUGGUUGGACUGUCCCGGUGGCUGCGAAGCCGGCGCCGCUGGGUGAGCGCGGGAGUGGUUCGGCUUGGGUCUUCUGUGGCCUCGCCGUGCCGCCUCGUCCUGGCUGUCUUCCCGCGGACUUUCCCGAACUCCGUCGUGAGGCUCCGGGCCGCGGGUUCGGCAGCUGGAGUGGACUAACAGGAGAGCGGCGGAGAAAGCCGGCAGGAAGGCAGAGAGAUGGCGACGGGCGCGGAUGUGCGGGACAUCCUGGAACUGGGAGGAGUAGAGUCAGAGAACACAGGCACCAUCAACAAAAAGGAUAUCAUCAACUCGGAUAAGAAAAAAUCCAAGAAAUCUUCAGAGACACUGACAUUUAAGAGACCAGAGGGGAUGCACCGAGAAGUUUAUGCACUCCUCUACUCUGACAAAAAGGAUGCACCCCCUCUGCUGCCAAGUGAUACAACUCAGGGUUAUCGAACAGUCAAAGCAAAACUGGGGUCCAAGAAAGUCCGGCCCUGGAAGUGGAUGCCUUUCACCAAUCCAGCAAGAAAGGAUGGAGCGAUGUUCUACCACUGGAGGAGAGCAGCAGAGGAAGGGAAGGACUACCCUUUUGCCAGGUUCAAUAAAACAGUGCAAGUCCCUGUCUACUCAGAGCAGGAGUACCAGAUGUAUCUCCAUGAUGAUGCGUGGACCAAAGCUGAGACGGACCACCUCUUUGACCUGGCGCGGCGCUUCGAUUUGCGCUUCGUGGUGAUUCAUGACCGCUACGAUCACCAGCAGUUCAAGAAAAGGUCAGUGGAGGACCUGAAGGAACGAUACUACCACAUCUGUGCCAAACUGGCUAAUAUUCGUGCAGCUCCGGGAACGGACCUGAAAAUCCCAGUCUUUGAUGCUGGCCAUGAGAGGCGAAGGAAGGAACAGCUGGAAAGGCUGUACAAUAGGACACCAGAGCAGGUGGCAGAAGAAGAAUACCUCAUCCAGGAGCUCCGCAAAAUCGAAACCAGGAAGAAAGAGAGAGAAAAGAGAACCCAAGACCUGCAGAAGCUCAUCACAGCCGCUGACACCACCACUGAGCAGAGACGUGCUGAGCGCAAGGCUCCCAAGAAGAAGCUGCCACAGAAGAAGGAGACAGAAAAGCCUGCUGUUCCUGAGACUGCUGGCAUCAAGUUUCCUGACUUCAAGUCUGCAGGUGUCACGCUACGAAGCCAGAGGAUGAAACUGCCAAGCUCGGUGGGACAGAAGAAGAUUAAAGCCCUGGAGCAGAUGCUGAUGGAACUCGGAGUAGAUCUCAACCCUAUGCCGACAGAGGAGAUUGUGCAGAUGUUCAAUGAGCUGCGGAGCGACCUGGUGCUGCUGUACGAGUUGAAGCAAGCCUUCGCCAACUGCGAAUACGAGCUGCAGAUGUUACGGCACCGCUAUGAGGCCCUGGCCAAGGCUGGCAGUAUUGGCUCCCUCAGUGCAGAAGGCGCCCAUCCGGAUGGCCAGGCAGGGCUCAGCAUGGAGGAGGGCAAGGGAGAUGUCAAGGACCAGAUCAUUGAUGUAGUAGGAGCGCCAUUGACCCCCAACUCGGUGAGAAGGAAGGUUGGGGGGGCAGAACAGGGAGCACUCAGGUCUCCGACGCAGAUGCCCUGACGAGCGCUGGGGAUGCUGCCCUGCUCUCCCUCCAGGCGUGCGUGUCCAGGGGAGUGCAGCACGCCUCUUCUCCCCAGGUCCCAGUGCUUCUCUCUGGGCAUGUCUCCUGUUCUGGACAGUGUUCUUGGUGCUAUAAGGUGGGGUCAGCAGUGCUUUCUACAUCCUGCAUGCAGGCAGAUGGCUUGAUGUGCGUGCUACUGUGGACCAAAGUAAAGCUUUGGGUGAGGAGAGCUUGCCCUAGGGCAACAGAAGUGAUGCCAGUACAGCUGCAGGCCUGAGGCAUUUUCCUUCUAGACACAGCCCCAUAAGGGUUCCCCAAGAGGGAAGCAAGCGGGGAAAGCAGGUUUGAGAUGAUGAGCCUGGAGCUGCCCAAAUCCUUGGAAUCAAACAGUAGCCCUGCCUGGAGCAGGAAGCUUGGGAAGUACAGGUAUUUGAAGAGCAAAGGGAUCUUUUUGUACCCUACUUCCAUGGCUGAGAAAGGAGAGUCAAAGCUAGGGUUUCUUCUACUGCAAGCCCUGUAACAAUGUCCUGGUCAUGUACCUCUGCAGGAUGUGUAUCACCAGCCUCUCCUCCAUGCCUCCAUGUGGGCAGGCUACCCAGCCCCUCACCGCUGCCUCAGGCCCAAGGAUGUGCCUGGGGUUGCUUUCCCCUCUGUGCAGUCCCCUGGCUCUGCUGAGCUGAACUCCCUGGUGAAAGCUGCCCGUCUCCACACAGUGGCAUCCCCAAUGCCUCAGACAUGCUGCUCCUGGUAGAAGCACAGACCCUCACUUUCUAAGAUGUACACUGUACUGCAGGCUGUCAAGAACACCUUAUCUGUCCAUGGCAGAGGCCACACGUUUAAUCUGGAUCUGAGUAAUGUCCUGUUUGAUUGUGAAAAGGAAGUGUUCUGCUGAGACAGGUUCAUGUUUGCAAAGGAGUCUUCUGAAUUUUUCCUUCUUACUGCAUUCAGUCUGAAAUCUCACCCCUCCCUGUGGUCUGGAGUGUCCUGGCUUGCAGGCUGUUUGGGUUGAUUCACAAUAUGCUUGCUCUCCCUUAAGCCUUUGCUCGCUGGGAAGGUGGCAGAGGUGAUGGUGGUGGCUGGGGCUGUGGGAGG